AUGAAGAAAUCGUAGUAUACCAAAAUCUACUUCACUGACAUUUACAGAUUACGAGUUGAACAUUGCCAAGCUGUGGGCGUCGCAGUGAAGUGAAGUUGUUAAAACUCUUAACCAUAUGCAUUUUUUUUUUCUCCCCCAUAUUGGACUUUCCUCUGUUAAACUUCUCUCUGUUAUUUGUGUGUGUGUGUAUGUGUGUGUGUGUGAUUUUUGUAGUGAAGAAGGCAAAAGCAGCCCCCUCGUUGAUGGCUGAAAGUGGUCCUCUGCCUGCCAACAGGGGAUUGUAGACAUUUGCAAAGGCCAGCAAGCAUUCAAGUCCCACCCGUUCUUUUUGUGUCCUCUAUUCUUUCUCUGCCUUCUCUUUCUCUUUCCUUCUGUCUAAUUAAUCUUUUCUAGGUGGUUUAGUUCAGAGCAUAAAGGUCAGAUAGCAGAGAUGUAGCCUGAAACAGUGCUCAUUUUGGCAUUGUUUUUGCAAAACUCUUGAAUGCUGCUUUGCUAUUUUAUGGUAAAAGCAUUGUUCCUCAACGGAUAAGGCUGGCAUUAAUCUUCUUUUUUUUUUUAUGUCAACAAUCCCAUAAAAAAGACCUAAAGACCAUCAUUGACCAAAAACAUAAUUGAGCCGACCUUUUUUUGUUCAUAAUGAUGAGCACAGGCAUUCAUUUUCAGUCAAUGUUCUGUCACCACCCUGCAGCCAUAAAUACUUGCCAGCAGACACCAAAUGUGUGUGUUAGUCCUAACAAAUGCACUUUUUUUUUUACUCCUGUAUGAGAUAUUUUGGUUGCUCUGUGAAGUCACUUAGUCUUUUUAAACAUAAUAAAAUUGUAUAUUUUUGACCUGUUUUUAAAGAUCUCAGUGGUAACAAAUGAGAUCAUGGCUGAGAGCAGAAAGUAUUGACAAUAACCAAUAAUGUAAUAUCGCCAGCCUUAUCUUGUUAAAUAUCUAAAAAAAAAAAAACCUCUUUAAAGAAAAAGCUUUUUGUUAUUUGGGUUUGGUGGGAAAAGCCAAUACAAAGAUACUGGGUGCUAAUAAUCGCUUCAUCACACAAUGGCCAAGCAACUCACACUGCACAUACUUAACUCAAAAAUGUGAACAGCUAAUUUUGCGACUUAACAAAGGAUGAUUGGUUAUCUUCUAUAACAGCCAAGUUGUCUAAGAUGCCAGCCCAACAUGAAACUAUGUUGGUAAAAUAUAUUCUCUUUAACAGUGGUCUUCUUUUGUUGUUGUGUUUUACAGUUCUUUUUCCUGGCUCAGCCAGUCCUGUAUACCAGGCCCUGCAGAAAAUACCAUCCAACAGUUUUGUCUCCUGCAGCAAUUUCUCUCUUCAGUGUGCUCUUUUGUUUAAAUGUUGUCAUUGUUGUGUGUCUGUAUUUAGGUCAUGUCUUUUUUGUGAAAGAGUAUGUUUUUGGGGGUGGAUUUAUUGUGAGAUGAUUAUGAGUUGUUUAUUUGGCAUUUUAAAAAAACAAUGCAAUCAGUGGCAAAAUGCAAAUAAAGAUGAUGCCAAUAUUUUUUUGAUUGGACUGUGGUAGCGCGGAUUGAUCCAACCGGUCAUCCUCUGCUUAGGUUUGGUUAAUUGAAGCAGUGGCAGGUAAGGAUACUAGAAUAAUGAUGUUCAGCAGACACGCUAGCCACCCUGAAUUCUGCUAUUGUCAUUAAGUACAUGCCACUAUAUGCUCUGACAUUUGUGUUUUUGGUAAGUAAACACUGAUAGCUUGUAUAGUGUUCUUGCCAAAAUCCCUAAAAUUCUCUCUGUUGUGUGUAUCUCGAUUUUUCUCUGUGUGCUUUUAGUAGCGAAGCCGCCAGCGUGAGUCGCUUGUUUCAGUAAACGUCUUAAUGAAAAUUGAGGGCUCACCCAACUGGAGAAGCAGCUGUGCUUGCUAACGUUUGGUUCAUGACUUAAAAAACACUUUCAGGAUCUAUUCCUGAUGAGGCUAAAGCUUUGUCACUGUUGGCGCCAGCAAACGCUGUUGCAGGAAUUCUGCCAGGAGGAGGACUUCUUCCAACGCCCAAUCCUAUGUCUAACCCAGGGAUGGGAGGAAACCCUUUCGGUGUUCCAAACAUGGACGCAAUGGCUGCAUUUGGAUUCCCAGGAGCUAAUAUGAAUCCUCAGGCUGCUGACCAGCUGUUAAAGUUCAUGACAGAUCCAAAACUGAAUCCUUUGGCUGCAGGCUUGAACCUGAGUGCAAGUCUGAAGGCUGACGCUUCUAAUAAAGAAAUUGAAGAGGCCAUGAAGAGAGUCAGAGAGGCCCAGUCGCUCAUUUCUGCUGCCAUUGAACCUGGAAAUAAGGAAAGCAAAAAGAAGCGUUCUCGUAGUAGGUCCAGGUCCAGGAGGAGGAGGUCCAGAUCACGUUCUAGACACAGGCGAACACGGAGCAGAUCACGCAGACGAUCAAACUCCAGAAACAAGAGGCGCUCCAAAAGCCCUCGCAGGAGACACACCGACUCCAGAGACCAAAGCAGGAGAUCUCCAAGCAGAUCCAGAGAUAGAAAGAAAGAAGACUCAGGGAGAAGAAGAUCCAAAACACCACCUAAGAGCUACAGCACAGCCAGGAGAUCACACAGCGGGGACAGGAGACGCAAGAGAAGUCGAAGCCAUAGCCGAUCUCCUCCCAAAAAGAGGACUCCAUCUCCUAGAAGACACAAGAAGGAAAAGAAAAGGGAUAAGGAAAGGGACAAGGACCGCAAGAGUGAAAAAGAUCGCAGUCGUGAUGAACGCGAACGCUCCGUCAGCAAGAAAAAGAAAAGCAAGGACAAAGAACGAGAGCGAGAACGAGAGAGAGAGCGGGAACGAGAGAGGAAAUCAGACGGAGAGAAAGGAGAUGUAAAGGUCACCAGAGAUUAUGAUGAGGAAGAACAAGGCUAUGACAGCGAGAAGGAGAGGGAGGACAGGAAGGAUUCUGACGACUCUGCUUUGUCUCCUCAGUCUGUAGAAGGUAACGGCACAUCGAGGCCUGUGAAGCAGGCCAAAGUAAACGGAGCUGACGAUCACCACGAAGAGGACAUGGAUGUCAGCGAUUAGGUGGUCCGUCCCUCUCUGUCCCCUCAUUAUUCCUCCGUUUUGGUUGUAAACAUGUCACGACUCCUCCCCCCCUCCCCCUAAAUCUUAAAUGUGAAGUGAGCGUCAAAUGUAUAGAUUUUUCGCACCGAAGGGUCAUCAACUCUUUUCUUGCAAAUAUGCAAUGCAGAAUGUCAUUUUCGCAGAGAGUUCGUCCGAUGACAUUGUCACAUUGCUUCAAAGUACCCACACGCUUUUUGCCUCUACGAACGUAGUCGGUUAAAACUGGAAGUAGGCUUGCUUUGCUUUUCUUGAGCUUGUGUUGUCAGGUUUUGUCACUUUUUUCACAUAUUGUAUCUUUUACAUUUUUGUUUAGUGUCGUGGUAUUGUUGUUCAGGCCUCUUCCUCCCCCCAUGAUCCCCCCUUCCUCCUCGAAACAGUUAAAAACAUUUGUUUCUUGUUAUUUGAAAGUGUUGAUUGUUUUAUCAAGGAUUUCUUUUAUAAUAAAGCCUAUUUGGAAGA